AUGGUUGACGUCGCCAAGGACUUUGGUGUUGCUCGAAGCAAGAUCCGCAACGUUUGGGUUCGCGCGUCUGUGAACGUCUUGGAUCCUCGCCAACCGUGCUCUGACGUUGCGGCUAGGGUGAAAGGCCGUGUCGGCCGAAAGCAAGUACACCAAUCAAUCGUCGAACGACUUCGCGCAAUCCCAAAGGCCCGUCUUACCACAUUUCGAUCCGUCGCGGCAGUUAUGAAAGUUCCGAAAUCAACGCUCCACCGAUACUACAAGAAGGGCAUGUUUGUCAAGUACUCCAGUGUACUCAAGCCUGCCUUGACGGAUGCAAACAAGAUGGUGCGGCUCAAAUGGGCACUCGAUGCAAUCAAGUUGGGACAGUCGCAACAGGCCGGCUGGGACUUUGGAGUUGUCGCCAGUCAGUGUGACGCGUGA